AUGGCUUCCACAAGUGUUGUCUUGAUGACCCUGAUGGCGAUUUUGCUUGUUGGGUCUACUAUGGCACGGUCUUCAAAAUCUUCUCCUACACCUUCACCAGAAGCUCAUGUUCCUGCUCAUUCUCCUACACCUGCACCUGCUUCUGUUCCUACUCCUCCUUCACCAUCACCAUCAAAGGCACCACCGAAAGCUGCACCAACUCCAGCCCCUACUGUUGGCUCUCCUCCUUCGCCUCCUCCAUCUUCUACUCCGGCUCCAGCCAACCCCACUGCCUCUUAUUCACCAGCUGAUGCUCCUAAACCAUCAAAUGCUGUUUUGAAGAAAGUGUCCAUUGGUGGAGUUUUGUCUGUGGGGCUUUUUGCUGCCGUUUUGGUUGCUUAG